ACUAACGAAAACGGGCCGUGGAAAUUCGUAAGGACGCCUGUUUAGGAAUCUUUUAGCAGACGAUUUCUUUCUCUAGGUACUAUUAUAUAUGGCAAAAGAGGUAGAAGUUAUAUUAAAUCUUAAUGAAGAUGUCACGCAAAUCAUUAAGUCGGCCCUUAUAAAAAGCUGCAUUGAAUACCUUUUGUAUCAAAGGCAACAACUACCGAUGCCUUACCACGAACUCACAAGAAUGAUGGAAGAGGAACAGAAGCAAGAUAUAAAUACAAAUGUUGUAGAGCAACCAGUGACCCGGCGAUUUCUCAACACGGAGUACAAGAACGCUAAGAAAGUAUACGAAGAUGUAGAGUGUUUGUCUGACAAUAUAAACAAGCUGUUUAUGUCAACAGUGGUCAAGUCUGCCUUAAUCUUACUGGGGUCAACACCGGUUAGUCCAAAAGAACGAUAUCUUUUAGACUUUCAGAACCCUGAGGAAAGGAACAGCUUGGAGAGUUCUUCUAGAAUAUGCAAUUCUUCUUGUCGUAAGCUGAUACGGAGCUUAAUAUCAAAUCCAGACCUCGGUACAUUUAAGGAUAUAUCCCCUACUUCAAUGUUUGUCUUCAUACAAGCUAGCAGAUCUUCACAUGUCCAAUGGUUUCGACCAAAAUCAUCUUUCAAGCCACCCAACCGAGGUCAAAGCUGUAAGAUAAGUGUAAGGACAGCCCUUGACGAGCAGCUGAACCCCCCUAACGCGAACACAGAUGAAUGGCUGUGGUUCCAGGCGCCUGUUAUUGUCAGAGGUUACCGAAACAGGAGUGGAGUUUAAAAUCUGUAGUUGCAUCAUUUUAGGAGAACUAUAUUAUCCUCUAGGCAAUUUUGAUGAACAUCUUAAAUAAUGUAAGAUAUUUUUUGAAGAAAAUUUUUUAAUUUUUUUAAUUAGUCAAUUAAAAUUUUGGCCUACUGUAAAAUGUUGUUCAUGAGUCUCAGAUGUACACCAUAGGAGGGGAAAGGGGAGUCAGAGUGAUACUGAGCAUUAGAAGGCAAUAAAAACCAUUACCCUGAUGGA